AUGGCACAGAUCGGUCAUCGUCCUAAUGCCAGCAAGCGCGUGAAUUCCAAACCCCGGGCUCGCGCACCCUGCAAUCAGAUUGCCUUGUUUCUGGCUUGGACGUGGCCUGACGACACUGUGCAGGCUCGUGAGGACAACCUCAUCGAGUUGCACAACAAUCAGCCGAUUACCAAACUUGGGCACAUAUCCAUACCGUCUUCCAAAGGCGCGUUACCCUCGACCUUGUCGCAGUCGACCAGGCUGCCGAUACCUCACCACACCAUUCAACCACCUGCCGUCACGCUGUCGUCUCCACGCUCAGUCACCUACUAUUAUUACCCCAAGCGGUCCUAUGGUGCAGAUAUACUAACUCCCGCCUACGAGUACGUUACUGUCACUCGCGCUCCGCAACGAGUCAACACUCAGGUUCAGACACCUCCAUCGACACCUCCAUUGAGUUUCUCUGCGACCCCGUCGCCUAUCCUCAAGUCACCUUCGACUCCAAUCGACAAGAUGGCGAGAGGUGCCAGCACUCGCAACGUCGAGUUUGCGACCGAAGUGGUCUCGUGUCGCGAGCCGCGCGACGACGAGCUCUCCGUCAUGGAGCACUUCGCCAAGCACUCGGCACGUUGUGAGUACUGCCGUGAUCCAUACACGGCCUACAGAGAGGACCGACCUCUGUGCAGCAAGGGUCGGUCAUAUGCAAAGGAUGUCGCCACCUAUCUCUACGCCAAAGGUGGCAAGCCAUUUUCCCUCAUCGACAAGUCCAAUGGCCAACGGGUUCAGGUCCGCGUGCCAGCCGGCUGUGAGGUCAUCAAUCUUCUCAUCAAGGCCUUUGACAAGGGCAUGAAGCUUGACUCGCCGAGACUUGUGGUUGUCGAUAACACAAGGAGACAAGAAAGUGUUGAGAAGUCCGCCAAGGUCGUCUCACCUUCGUCACCUUCGUCACCCUCAAGACGGAGAGAGUACCUCACUGACGAUCGACCACGGGAGAGACGGUACAUUCGCGACGACUACGACUUGGUUGAAAUCAUCCCUCACUCGAGCCGAAGGGAGAGACGGGAGAGAAUCGUUUACCAUGACGACCGUGGCGAGGAUCGAACUCGUUAUGAGUACCGAGAGAGGCCCAAGUCGGUGGCCUACACUGGGGGGAAGGGCAGUCUGUAUGUCCGAGACGAAGAGGAGAGGCGGCGGCGAGAACGGUACGACCGCCAGCCAGUUGUCAUUGUCGCUGAGCCUGGCCAGCAGCAGCGGUUCACCAGCAGGCGGUGA